AUGGCAGCUGUGAAUCAAAAUUGGAAUCCAGCAAGCUGGAAAUGGACAAGGCCUGAAACAUGGAACGCACUCUAUCAGGGUUUCGCUGGCGGAACAGGGAUAGCAGGAGGAGUAGCCAUGGCACAUAAUUUUGCAAGAACAGCAAACAUGAUCCAGAAGAUGAGCAAGGUCUUACACGUUAGUCAAAAAACAGCCGGAAGACUCUUUCUUACUGGCAGUUACGGAGUGGGUACUGGAUUGGCUUACGCACACGGAGUUCUAAGCAACAAUGGCUCAGGUGCUUUUUGGGAAUGGGAUUUUACCAAUCCAGCUACCUGGUCCAGUGUAAUCGAUGGUUUCGAUAUCGGAAUGGGGUGGCCUCAAGCAUCUAUUGAAAUGCUCCGGGGACUGGGCAAAAUUUCCAGAAAUCCUAAAAAGCUUUUCGGCUACCUCGAGAAGAACACGUCGAAAAGACAAGCCCUGAAGAACAUUUUCAAAAAUCCAAAACACCCUUUGUACAAGACGUUUGGUGGCAUGGUCGCGGUUUACUUCAUGGGAAGCUCGGCGUCAGGGACAUUGGACAUUACACAAUGGGAUUUCAACAGUUUCUCAACUUACGAGAAUAUCCUCAACGGUGUAUUCCUGGGCAAAGAUACAUCCAAUUUGCUGAAAUUCACGCGUGAAACCAAUAACUUGAAGCUUUCCAAUAGACCGAGCUUCAAGAAGAAAAGUCACUGGUUCAACGGUCUCAAGACUCAGCUUGGGAGCGUUGCAAAUUUUUUCACCGCAACAAUGUAUCAGAAAAUCAUGCAGAAAUUUCAAUCCUCGUCAUACUUCAAGACACUGAAGGAUGGUUAUUUGAAAAAAAUCGUUGAAAUCACCAUGAAACGAUGUCUCCUUGAUCCAGGAUGUGGAUCAAGGGCAAGGGUUGGCGCCAAGGCGUCUGAUUGGCUCGAGAAAGUCGAGUCGAAGACGUCUUGGCGCCAAGAUUUUGAUUUUUCGGAGGGGAUGCUACAGGAAUAUACGAAAGCCCUGUGGAAAACGUAUUCAAAUGAGCCGAAAUUUUUCUUGGCGAUUCAAGCUCAAUUUUCCCACGCCGGCAUCGGAAACAAACUGCCAGGGAUCGAUUCAGACGUGGUGGAUUUUCUCAGAUGGUUCAAAACUUCCUCAUUCUCAAAUGACACAGUCCUGAUGAUUUUUUCUGAUCACGGGGAAAGAGACAACAAUGCUCCGCAAAACUUGUUCAAGGAAGUCACUUUGAAUAUUCAAAGACCGAUGUUCUUCAUACAAUUUCCUGAAUGGGUAAUCGAAAGGAUCCCAGCUGAGUUUGAAACGUUGGUCAACAACAGCGUCUUGUUGACCUCGAUGGCUGAUGUGUAUGCAACCAUCAGGCAUCUCGUUUCCAAUGAUACUGCGCAUCAGCUGACGGAAGAUGGCCAAAGUCUCCUUGAGCCACUGAGCAAGACGAGAACCUGCGAAACUCUGCGGCUGUCUGAUCAUGUUUGCAAUUGUCAUCACGAUUUUCCUUUUCAGUCUGAGCGAUGCAUAAUUUCAAACCACGUGGUUCACAAUGCCGCAGGGGCAGUUUUGACAUAUUUGCACAAUUUGCUUCAUUCUGCAUUGAGCAGUGGAUUAAAUCUUCCUGGUCGAAUAGUCGAGGAGUCGGACGUGCUAUUUUUGCAAAACGUGAUUGGCGGGCGGUACCCUGGUGAACACAUUCUGUCGAAAGAUUUAUGUUUGACGUGGCAUUUGGUUUCUGUUGAUGCUGUCAUCGUGGACUCCAAGUUUAUCACAUCAACAGAAGUGAGAAUGAAGUUGGAUUUAUCGUUGACGGUGUCACCGGGCCCAAGUCAUUUUCGAGCAACAGUCAUUUACUCGCAAGGGAAAAACGAAACUUCUGGUUCGGACGGUGAAUAUUAUGAAGUGAUCGCUGUAUCUCGGUUGGAUUUGUUCGCUCCAACGGCCACCUGCGUCAGAUCAACUUUACGAAAAAUAGAACCGUUUUGCUUUUGUCCGGAAAGAAAUGUUUCUUGGUUUAUGGUUCCUAAUGAAUGAAUAAAGCAAAUAAUGUUAUCCUUCUUCUUGACCAUUCUUUGCGGCUACAAAGAAUUUUAUAUCAUGUCAUAUUUCUCAAAGGUAACUUGGGGCGCGGUGAAGAACACAAAAAUUUACAAAAUGAAAC